AUGCCGGGCAAAAUCACCCCCGUCACCAGCGCCUCGCACUUUGAAACACUCCUCAGCUCUUCCACCUACACAAUCGUCGACUUCUACGCGGACUGGUGCGGGCCCUGCAAGGCAAUCGCACCUGUUUUCCAAUCCCUUGCCGAGAAGGAGACAAAGCCGGGGAAGUUGCAGUUUGUCAAAGUCGAUGUCGAUGCACAGCAGGAGGUAGCAAAGAAGUAUGGAGUCUCUGCUAUGCCCACUUUCCUAGUGAUCAAAUCCAAGUCUGUAAUCGAAACGAUCCGUGGCGCCAACCCGUCCGCUCUCACAGCCGCCGUUCGCAAAGCCUCCAACGAUACAGGCGCCGGGGGCGCAAGCUCUGCAGCCUUCUCAUCUAAAGGCAGGACGCUUGGGAGCGCAAACCAGCCCAGCCAGCCAGUAGGAGAUGGCGCGUUCGCUGGCUUACAAAGGCUGAUGACUGGGAACGGUGGGUUUACGGAUCUGGCGAUUCGGUUUGUUGCAUUAUACCUGGUCAGUCUGUUCGCAUUCGAUGCGUUCAAGGCGGCGGAAGAGAGCCCAUACAACGUCAGAUCACGGAGGUAG